AUUAUUAUUACAGUGUGGUGUAAAUGAAGGCUGUAUUAUUCAUAUGAUUUUAACCCCAACUUGAAUGGGGACCUAUCGCAAAAACAGCGUCUUCUAGCUCGCUCAGCCGUCAACAGUCCACUCGACUGCUUAAUCAGGGAGAUAAGGUUAUCGGUCGCCGUUCAGAUCUUUGAAUUGCAAAAACAUACAGUUAUUUCUCUACAACUGUGCACAAUGCGAUGAGAACGGCACGCAGACAUUCUGAUAUUUAGGUUUGAAAAAAAGAAGAAAAAAAGAAAGAUGCCUGGUGAAGCGCGGCUACAUCAGUGUGCCUCUACUGCAGGCCAUCUGAACACCACAACGAUUGAGAUAUGAUGUCGGGCUUGAACGUGGCAUGCAGCGCCGUUAUUGUCCUGUUCGGAGCGGUUUGCAGCGUUUUCAUAUUCUGUGAGUAUCUGAUUUAUUACGCCGCGAUAUUACAGUGUGGUUGGCCAGGGAUCGACCGUGGUGCGCCGGCGGGUGAGAAGAGCGCAAACGGGCAGCCAAAUGCGGAAGUUAUGCGCGCUAUGGUGCUUUCAGACACGCACCUCCUCGGCGCUGUCGGAGGACACUGGUUCGACAAACUGCGAAGAGAAUGGCAGAUGGAACGGGCUUUCCAGACCGCCCUGACACUGCUCAGGCCCGAGGUCGUUUUUAUUCUGGGAGACGUGUUCAACGAGGGGAAGUGGAGCUCUCCAAAGAACUGGGAGGAUGAUGUUCAUCGUUUCCAGAAGGUGUUCAGACAUCCCAGUGACACAGAGCUGGUAGUGCUGGUUGGAAACCACGACGUCGGCUUCCACUACGAAAUGGACUGGUUCAAGUUACAGCGCUUUGAGAAGGCCUUCAAUACCACCUCCACCAGAAUGGUCACCAAGAAAGGAGUUAACUUCCUAUUGGUUAACAGCGUGGCGUUGCAUGGUGACGGCUGUUCUAUCUGCCAAUCAGUGGAGAAACAGCUGUGCACACUCUCUAGGGACCUCAACUGUUCACUACUACAGAAUUCCCAGUCCAGCGAAUUAUGUCGAGACGCAUGGACCUACCCUCCUACACCACCCAUUAUCCUGCAGCAUUACCCUCUGUACCGGGAGAGCGAUGCGGGCUGUACGGGUCGGGACGCUGCUCCUUCUGAAGAGCGCCACCUGCUGUUCAGAGAGAAGUACGACGCGCUGUCUCAGGAGGCCUCUCACAGGCUGUUGCAGUGGUUUAAGCCCCGCCUGGUUCUCAGUGGCCACACCCACAGCGGCUGUCAGGUUCUCCAUGACAACCAGUACCCAGAGAUCAGUGUUCCGUCCUUCAACUGGAGGAACCGCAACAACCCCAGUUUUAUCCUGGGUUCGUUCUCCCCCGGCGGCUACGGCCUGUCUAAGUGUUUCCUCCCAGAGGAGACCACAGUGAUAGCCCUCUACUGUUCUACCGGAGCCAGUCUCCUCCUCCUCCCUCUGGUCCACUGCCUGUGGAUGAGAGGUCUCCUGCGGUGCCUCGACUUCUGUCCCAUCAGCAAACACAAGUCUCUCAGACCGUCUCAGGUAGAGGUUGUCCCUGACUGCUGAAUGAUACAGGGUCAGAUACUGUAUGCUGUCAUCCCUCUAAUGCAGAGGUGGCUAAGCUGUCAUCCCUCUAAUGCAGAGGUGGCUACGCUGUCAUCCCUCUAAUGCAGAGGUGGCUACGCUGUCAUCCCUCUAAUGCAGUGAGGUGGCUACGCUGUCAUCGCUCUAAUGCAGUGAGGUGGCUACGCUGUCAUCCCUCUAAUGCAGUGAGGUGGCUACGCUGUCAUCCCUCUAAUGCAGCGAGGUGGCUACGCUGUCAUCCCUCUAAUGCAGUGAGGUGGCUACGCUGUCAUCCCUCUAAUGCAGAGGUGGCUACGCUGUCAUCCCUCUAAUGCAGCGAGGUGGCUACGCUGUCAUCCCUCUAAUGCAGUGAGGUGGCUACGCUGUCAUCCCUCUAAUGCAGAGGUGGCUACGCUGUCAUCCCUCUAAUGCAGAGGUGGCUACGCUGUCAUCGCUCUAAUGCAGAGGUGGCUACGCUGUCAUCCCUCUAAUGCAGAGGUGGCUAAGCUGUCAUCCCUCUAAUGCAGUGAGGUGGCUACGCUGUCAUUGCUCUAAUGCACAGGUGGCUACGCUGUCAUCCCUCUAAUGCAGAGGUGGCUACGCUGUCAUCCCUCUAAUGCAGUGAGGUGGCUACGCUGUCAUCCCUCUAAUGCAGAGGUGGCUACGCUGUCAUCCCUCUAAUGCAGAGGUGGCUACGCUGUCAUCCCUCUAAUGCAGUGGUGGCUACGCUGUCAUUGCUCUAAUGCACAGGUGGCUACGCUGUCAUUGCUCUAAUGCACAGGUGGCUACGCUGUCAUCCCUCUAAUGCAGAGGUGGCUACGCUGUCAUCCCUCUAAUGCAGUGAGGUGGCUACGCUGUCAUCCCUCUAAUGCAGAGGUGGCUACGUGGCUAUGCUGUCAUCCCUCUAAUGCAGCGAGGUGGCUACGCUGUCAUCCCUCUAAUGCAGAGGUGUCUACGCUGUCAUCCCUCUAAUGCAGAGGUGGCUACGCUGUCAUCCCUCUAAUGCAGAGGUGGCUACGCUGUCAUCCCUCUAAUGCAGAGGUGGCUAUGCUGUCAUCCCUCUAAUGCAGAGGUGGCUAUGCUGUCAUCCCUCUAAUGCAGCGAGGUGGCUACGCUGUCAUCCCUCUAAUGCAGAGGUGGCUACGCUGUCAUCCCUCUAAUGCAGAGGUGGCUACGCUGUCAUCCCUCUAAUGCAGAGGUGGCUAUGCUGUCAUCCCUCUAAUGCAGCGAGGUGGCUAUGCUGUCAUCGCUCUAAUGCAGAGGUGGCUAUGCUGUCAUCCCUCUAAUGCAGAGGUGGCUACGCUGUCAUCCCUCUAAUGCAGAGGUGGCUACGCUGUCAUCCCUCUAAUGCAGAGGUGGCUACGCUGUCAUCCCUCUAAUGCAGAGGUGGCUACGCUGUCAUCCCUCUAAUGCAGCGAGGUGGCUAUGCUGUCAUCGCUCUAAUGCAGAGGUGGCUACGCUGUCAUCGCUCUAAUGCAGAGGUGGCUAUGCUGUCAUCCCUCUAAUGCAGAGGUGUCAAUGCUGUCAUCCCUCUAAUGAAGAGGUGUCAAUGCUGUCAUCCCUCUAAUGAAGAGGUGACCAACACUCCUACUGGAGAGCUACUGGUACCUGCUUCACCCUAUAGAACCGAACCGUACUCCGCUGGCUCAGAUAUUUUCUUUGGUCCAAUUGUCCUUUCCAGUACGGUUCCAGCAACUAUGAUGGUUGCAUUAGCAGGCUAGCCCAGUACAGCUCUGCUCGGGUUAGUAGAGUUCUCCAGGACCAGUGUUGACCAACCCUGCCUUAGUAGUACCCUAACAAUUAGUACUGGGGAUGCAGUAAUCUGACUCUGGUUCUGUAGUUAAGUCCAGCUUCUACCUGGAGAGCACCUGUGUGUUGGAAUCACGUUGGCUCUAUUCAUGGCAUUUCUAUCUACACAUAUGGUGGCCCCUGAAAGUAUUAAGGUUCACAGUCUCCCAUCUCCCUCUGGGCCUGUAUUCAUGAAGCAUCUCAGAGCAGGAGCGCCGAUCUAGGAUCAGGUCUAUUCCUGUCCAUGGAAUCUCAUUCAAUGUGAUCUUAAAGGCAAAACUGAUCCUAGAUCAGAGGCUUUUUAAAUACAGGCUCUGACCUCCACUGUCUGUAUCUACAGUACAGAAGUCCAAUAGAAGAUAUGCAUGUCUUCAACCAGCAUUUGAUGUCUAAAGACGCACACAGAUCCUAUGGCCCUACAGUGUCAAUGUGCUUAUUUUAAAGACUUUUGUCUCGCAGCUGUUCUUUCUGUGCCAAAUGUAUGUAAAUUCCUGAUGUAAAUGAUAAUAAAGCAGAUUAUGUCAACA